UACUUGCUCGAUAUUAUGUUUGUUGAUUGGACGAUUCUUUCAUUCGUUUCGAGUUACGAUCUUGCUAUUGGCUUGUUCGGGUAUACUCAAGGUUUAGUAGUAGGGAUAGCGUGGCGCGCGACUCGUUUCGCGAUUGGUUCAACGUUCUUCGUCCAGUUAACGUGCUGUCGUCGGUGGGAACGCACUACUAAUGUCUAUGUUUCUCUCUCUCUCUUUCUCUCUCUAUCUCUAUCUAUCUCUCAUUUUCUCUUUUUCUAUCUCGUUUCGAGACAGCUCCGUCGCGUCUAUCGUUCGUUCGGCUCGGUGGAGGCAACUUCGUAUCGCGUUCGAUCGGUAAAAUUUCUUAGGUUAUUUGGAGAAAAGAAACGUACACCCCAAGAAGAAAACAUGUUUAUUAUCGUCUGUGUGUUUAAAAUGUGAAAUAGGAUAAUAAAAUAUAAAUUUAAAUAAAAGAAAAUAAAUAUAUAAAUAAAAUUAUAGACGAGGAUGGUGGUUCGCGCGUGAGAAUAUAACGAUGAACUGCAUCGUUUUGUGCACAAAGAUAGACGGAUAGAGAGAAAGCAGAGUGAGUGAGUGAUUGUAGCAGUAUAGUGGCCAAAAUGGCGGAAUCAAGUUAUUAUCAGGGCGAUUACAUCAGGCACCCAGUUCUUUACGAACUGUCGAGCAAGUACGGUGUUGCUGGCAGUGACCAGGUGCCCUUGCCUGUUCGUCUCGAUGAGCUCCGGGAACACAUACGCAGAGAAAUACGUAAGGAAUUAAAAAUAAAAGCCGGAGCUGAGAAACUUCGAGAGGUUGCUACCGAUCGCAAGGCACUCUCGGAUGUCGCGACAAUCGUGAAGAAGGCCAACAGCAAGCUGAACGAGCUCCAAGCUGAGCUCCAGCAGCUCGAAAGUCAAAUUAUACUGACGCAGGGCCAGCCGCAGUCGCCGCAACAAAAUCACUCCAACGGUCAAGACACACCUCUGUCACCAAUGGGGCCUUCGUCACCGAGUCAGGAAGGUCUGUUCACGGAUCUUCGACUUUUAUCUUUGGAAAAACAACUUAACAUCGAAUUAAAGGUAAAACAGGGCGCGGAGAAUAUGAUACAAAGUUUGACGAGUGGUCACAGAGACAAGAAAUUACUUCAAGAAGCUCAGCAGAUGCUCGAUGAUUCCCGCGCUAAAAUCGAGUUCCUACGCAUGCGCAUAAUGAAGGUGCGACAAGCGCGCCAACAACAACAUGCUCGAGGUGACGCGCCACCUCCUAAUGGCGAAUCAACUGGCAAUAAAGAUAGGUACGAGCCCAGUUUGGAGCUUGCAUUGGAAGAACGUGUCGAAGAGUUACGACACCGGCUUAGAAUUGAAGCAGCUGUUGUGGAAGGUGCAAAGAAUGUAAUACGUCUUCUGCAAAGUGCCAAAGUUGCUGAUAAGAAGGCUCUGACGGAAGCUCAGGCAAGUCUCGCGGAAUCCAGUAGAAAAUUGGACUUACUUAGAUUAUCUCUUGAACUUAGAAGACAAGAAUUACCACCAGACAGUGGUACCGCUGCCCAAUUAAAGAGAGAACUAGCCAGUGUACAGUCGGCAAGUCCUGUUUCUGUUACUUACACAUCCUUACAACCAUUUCGUGGUCCAUUAGAAGGCAGGGCUACCGUACCUGCAUCUGUUUCUAGAUGUGCUGCAGUCACUGGGCAAUUGGAGGUAAGAUUAAUGGGAUGCCAAGAUUUAGCGGAAGAAGUUCCUGGACGUACGAGAAGAGAACACCCUGCCAGUCCUGAUUUACGUAGCUUUGUCAAAGGUGUAACAGGACGUAGUUCGAGUAAAUCUUAUAGUGUUAAAGACGAGACGAGUAACGAUAUUAUGGCGGUUAUAAAACUUGAUAAUCAAACCGUAGCACAAACUAGUUGGAGACCGUGUUCCCAGCAGGCUUGGGACCAAAGAUUUUCUAUCGAACUAGAUAAGUCAAGGGAACUCGAAAUAGGCAUUUAUUGGAAAGAUUGGAGAUCAUUGUGUGCAGUGAAAUUCUUACGUUUAGAAGAAUUUAUUGACGAUGUGAGACACGGAAUGGCAUUACAGUUGGAGCCUCAAGGAUUAUUAUUUGCUGAAAUUAAAUUCUUAAAUCCAAUGAUAUCAAGGAAACCUAAAUUGCAACGUCAACGUAAAAUAUUUAAACAACAAGUUAAAAAUUUCCCACGGGCUAACCAAAUGAAUAUCAAUGUUGCUACCUGGGGUAGACUUCUUAAACGUUCUGCACCAUCUUUGCAUAAUACAAGAAAUUCUGAAAGUCCACCAUCAGGUAUGUAUUCAUCAUUUUUAAUAAUUAUAAUAGCAUGUAAUCCUUAUGAUAAAAGCGGAGAAUCAGAAUUGAUCAUUUUAGGACCACAACCAUUACAAAUUGUUUUUGAUACCUCAAUAGAAGAUAAGCCUGAAACACCUGGAGAAUUACCGGAUCCUGAGAAGGGUGGCUUAGGUGGUGCUCGACCAUUAGGAAUGGCAACUUCAACUAGUAGUCCAGUUUUGCCACGUCCACCUGAACAUCCACCUCCACCACCACCAACGGUUACUAAGAAACCUUCUCUGCCAGCACCACCACCACCACCAAAAUUAGAUCAGGAGUUACAGAGUGCAUUAAGGGAGUUUGAUUUCCUGCACAACGAGGAGAAAGGGGGGUCUCAGGGUGCAAAUUUGAGGCCCCUUGUGACAGAGCCCCGUCCUGUGCUGAUUGCACCACCCUCUCCACGCACACCCUCGCCCCAACCCGUGGUCGAGUUUCCUGAAGAUGAGGUUGUGUACGAACUACCGGUCAGGCCUCUGCAAUAUAGAGAUAGCGCAUAUGAAUCUAGAAGACAUUCUCAACUCACUGGCAUGACUUUGGACAACUUCAGGUUACUCUCUGUUCUUGGUCGAGGUCAUUUUGGAAAAGUUAUUUUGUCACAAUACAGAAAUACAGGAGAAUAUUUUGCUAUCAAAGCGUUGAAAAAAGGUGAUAUUAUAGCGAGAGACGAAGUGGAAUCACUGCUUUCCGAAAAGAGAAUAUUUGAAGUUGCUAAUGCUACGCGUCAUCCAUUCCUGGUGAAUUUGUUCGCUUGUUUCCAAACCGAAGCACACGUUUGUUUCGUAAUGGAGUAUGCAGCUGGUGGUGAUCUUAUGAUGCAUAUACAUGCAGACGUUUUUGGUGAACCACGCGCUGUAUUUUAUUCUGCUUGCGUUGUUUUAGGAUUGCAAUAUUUACAUGAAAGUCGGAUUAUAUAUAGAGAUUUGAAAUUAGAUAAUUUAUUAUUGGAUACGGAAGGAUAUGUUAAAAUAGCAGAUUUUGGACUUUGUAAAGAAGGCAUGGGUUACGGCGACAGAACUGGGACUUUUUGUGGAACUCCAGAAUUUUUAGCACCAGAAGUUCUCACUGAGACAUCAUAUACACGAGCUGUAGAUUGGUGGGGUCUUGGAGUACUUAUAUUUGAGAUGCUUGUUGGAGAGUCUCCAUUCCCUGGUGAUGACGAAGAAGAAGUAUUUGAUUCGAUAGUAAAUGAUGAAGUUCGUUACCCAAGAUUCCUUUCUUUGGAAGCUAUAGCUAUAAUGAGAAGGUUGCUCAGAAAAAAUCCAGACAGAAGAUUAGGUAGUAGUGAAAGAGAUGCAGAGGAUGUUAAAAAACAAGCAUUCUUUAGGCACAUAGCAUGGGAUGAUUUAUUAUUAAGACGCGUGAAACCACCUUUCGUACCAGUUAUUCAUUCUGUGGAAGAUGUUAGUAAUUUUGACGAAGAAUUUACAUCAGAAAAGCCACAACUCACUCCGCCUAAGGAUCCCAGACCUCUCAGCGAUAUGGAACAAAGCUUCUUCAAAGAUUUCACAUACAUGGCUGAUUGGUGCUAACUAUAGUAAUAUGGAAUUUUAUGUUCUUCCAAUAAUAGAUCAUCAUUAUUUGUAUCCUAUAAUUUAGAUUAAACUAUGUUAAAUUACAUCAAGAAACAUAGGAAAAAAGAAUGAAAAUUCUUAUGGAAAGAAGAUUGAUGCAUUGUGCUUUUUACAAUAAUUAUUUUAUUCUUAAUAGAAAUCAAAACUUCUGUAAACUUAUGAUUUACCAUUGAAUCUCGGAUUUUCAUCUGAAUUAUGUUAUAGAAGAGAGAAAUUUUAUUUUACAAUUAGUGCCAAGCAUAUACAUGUAUGGCUAUAUUAUUCUAUUUUGUUCGCAUCGCGUAAGUUAUUAAAAUAUAA